AUGAAUAACCAAUUAGUUCCACAAAAUGCAGCAGCCGCAGCCGCAGCCGCAGCCGCAGCAGCAGCAGCAGCAGCAGCAAAUAGUUUAAAAUCAAGAAAACCAUAUACAAUCUCAAAACAAAGAGAAAAUUGGACAGAUGAAGAACAUCAAAAGUUUUUAGAAGCUUUGACAUUAUUUGACAGAGAUUGGAAAAAGAUUGAAUCUUUUGUUGGUAGUAAAACAGUUAUACAGAUUAGAAGUCAUGCACAAAAAUAUUUUAUAAAAGUUCAAAAAAACAAUACAGGUGAAAGAAUACCACCACCAAGACCAAAAAGAAAAUCAAUUCAACCAUAUCCACAAAAACAAAAACAUGAUGGAAUGGGAGCAUUUAUACCAGAUUCAUUAUCGGGUAAUCACUUUAUAAGUAGUUCAUCAUUUGCAACAUGGAUGACCUAUAGAGGAUUAAUGCCAAAUAUAUCGGAAUCACAAAUUAAUCCAAGUGAUCUUCAAAAACAAUUGGAACAAUUACAACAGGCCCAACAAUAUAUUCAACAAGCCGUUACAACUGCACAGAGUUCACAAAGAAAUGGUGGGUUACCACCAAAUCCUUCAAGUAAUAAUGGUGGUACCACUCUAACACCAAACUUUCCAAAAAUCUAUGCAUUCCUUUCAAAUCUAUUCGAAUCAAAUGGUACCUCUUUCACUGAGGCUUUAUCAGAUCUAUCAAUGAUUGAUCGUGAAACAAUGCAAAUUCUAAUGCAUAAUUUAGCAAUCAAUCUUGCAAAUCAACAAUAUAGAGAUAAUCAUCAAACACUUUCUGAACAAUAUAGAAUGAAAAGAGAUGAGGAUGAAGAUUUAAAUGCCAUUAUGAUUUCACCAAGAAAUUCAACUGGAAAUAUAAAUGUCUCUGGUGAUUUUUAUGAUAAUAAUAGUAAUAAUAAUAAUAAUAAUAAUAAUAAUAAUAAUAACAAUAAUAAUAAUAAUAAUAAUAACAACAAUAAUAACAAUAAUAAUAAUAAUAAUAAUAAUAAUAAUAAUAAUAAUAAUAACAAUAAUAAUAAUAAUAAUAAUAAUAAUAAUAAUGGUGGUGAUUUUGGUGAUCAAAACCAUUCAAAUAUGGUUAAUUUAGGAAACUAUUAUAAUAAUCAUCCAAAUCAAAAUACUAUUAAUGCUUUAUAUUCUUUAAAUCAACCUUCAACACUUUCAAAUAAUCCUUUAAAUAUGGUGGGAAAUUUAAAUCCUCAAAAACAACCACCUUUUAAUUUAAAUCUAAAUAUGCAAUCUGGUUUUUAA